AUGAUAAAUCUAUUGUUAUCAUCAAUCCAAAACUCCCCAACCACGUUCUUGAAACCACCAUUUUCAUUCUUUAACACGAAACUACAACAAAAACAAGAGAAGCAGAACCUUUUCAUUGUAGAAACCAAAUCAAGAAGAGCUACAACCUUCGCAUGUCUCUCCAUAUCCAGAAAAAGAAGAAGCAACGGUGUUUCUGAAUCUGAAGAAACUGUAAGGUAUGAACAAAUGGGUGGUGGAGGUAUCUCUGCUUUGUGUGGGUUAGGUUAUUGGGUGCAGGGCUCGAGAUGUUUCCCAUGGCUUGCACUUAACUUCCACAUGGUUCACACCUUGGGACUCCAACCAUCUACCCUUCAGCUUGUGCAGUACUCUUGCCUUCUUCCUAUGGUGGCUAAACCUCUCUAUGGAGUUCUCUCAGAUGUUCUUUACAUCGGUUGUGGUCGCAGAGUUCCUUACAUCUCCAUUGGAGUGUGUCUGCAGGUAUUAGCAUGGGGUUCAAUGGCAAUAUUCCAAGGAGCUAGAGAGGUUCUUCCUUCUCUUAUAGCAUGUGCACUGCUUAGUAACCUUGGAGCAUCCAUCACCGAGGUUGCAAAAGAUGCUCUAGUUGCUGAAUACGGUUUAAGAUACAGAAUAAACGGUCUACAGUCUUAUGCCCUCAUGGCUUCAGCAGCUGGUGGUGUACUAGGAAACUUGCUUGGUGGAUAUCUCUUACUCAGAACACCUCCUAAGAUCUCCUUUCUUGUCUUCUCCGCGGUCUUGUCUCUCCAGCUUCUUGUCUCUUUUUCUUCUAAAGAAGAAUCUUUUGGUUUGCCAAGGAAGACAGAGACAAGCUCGGUGUUGGUGAGUGUGAAGAAACAGUUGUCUAAUCUCAUGGAAGCUAUUCAGGAAGAAGAAAUCUCACAGCCUAUGAUUUGGGCAGUUGCGUCCAUCUCAAUGGUUCCACUUCUUUCAGGGUCAGUGUUCUGUUACCAAACGCAAGUUCUAAACCUUGAUCCUUCGGUUAUAGGAACUUCCAAAGUGAUUGGACAAGUGGUACUUCUUUUUCUAACUGUUGUCUACGACCGAUACUUAAAGACACUCCCCAUGAGACCUUUGAUCCAUAUAGUCCAGCUCUUGUACGCAUUAUCCAUCCUCCUCGACUAUGUUUUAGUGAAGCAAAUAAACCUCGGAGUAGGUAUCUCCAACGAGGUCUUUGUUCUCUGUUUCUCUAGCUUAGCAGAGAUUCUUGCACAGUUCAAGAUCCUCCCCUUUGCAGUCAGAUUAGCUAACAUGUGUCCUCAGGGAUGUGAAGGAUCGGUCACAUCGUUUCUCGCUUCAUCUCUGUGUUUAUCACAGAUUGUUAGUGCUUUCUUAGGCGUUGGAUUAGCUAAUGUAAUCGGUGUCACGUCUAGUAACUAUUCAAACUUGUCUUCAGGGAUUAUAGUACAGUCUUUAGCAGCUUUGGUGCCUUUGUGUUUCAUGCAUUUAGUACCAAUGUCAGAGCCUGUGAUUGAGAAGGGAGUAAAAAGAAGUUCAAGUACGAGAAGUACUAGGAGAAGUAAAAGAGUUGGGAGAGUAAUACGUCAAGAAAGUAUAGUUUAUCGACGAGGAAGAGAAUCAGAAGAAGCACAAAGAUAGCGUUUAGAUCACACAUUAGAAUAAUGUAUAUAUAUGUUGUUUAUAAUGAGAUUUUUG